AAGCUCAUUAUAGAUGGAACGUACGUGUUCAUCAACAACGUGUAUAUUGUGUUUCUGAUAUUUAAAAAAAAAUGUUCAAUCGUUAUUCAAGCUAUUUGCCUGAAUACAUUUACUGAGCUGGAUGACUGGCCUCACAGGAGUCUAUUGAUCCAUCAUCUAAAAAUAGAAACACGCCAUCAUUGAGAAAAAUACAAUACUUUGAACAGAAGGCUGUGUCUGUACAGGUAUAUUCCAAUAAAAAAGGUAUUGAGUUGCAUGUCAUGACUUAAUUUUUAUGGUCAUCUAAAAGACAUCGAACUGUUAGUUAAAGUCAUUAUAGGAAAUAUAAAAUAGAAAGUAGGCCAGAUGUUUAUUUUGUUUACCUUACUACUAUUUGUAGAAAAUACACAACUUCAAAAGAUAAUUUUAUAUAAAUACCAAGAAAACUUCAAAACGAACUGUACUUCAAGCUUUGUACAUAAAAAGGACCAGAUCAUAUUUUCUAGUCAAAUCAAGACAUCGGCUGAUAAUUCACCGGGUGACUCUAUACUCGUGGAGAAUAUUCAAUAUGACCUUAAGCGAAAGAACUCAGUAUAUGAACCGUUUUGUUACGUAUUCUUCAACGGAUGCCUACAAUCUUCAGACAAAAUUUGCUAUUGCUUAUCUACGGAGCAUCCUGACGUAUUUGAUAUAAUAAUCAAUGUUACAGCUUUUUCUCACUUCAGUGAGGCGAAGUUGAGGGGCCAAAUGAAAUAUUUGGAAAAAAUUGUAUACAGUGAAGAAAUAUCCUUUCCUACAAUAUAUGGUAAGAAAAAUCCCAACAAAACAGAAGUUGUUUUAAACAUAAAUAGCAAACCAGUGGACACAGACAAAUGUGCAGUGAUAGUCAACGCCACUGAUCAAGUUGUUAUUUUCUUUAACUUAAAACAUGUAUUUGAUAUACCAUUUACUCUCCGAGUGUAUGACGUUCUUAAAGAGGAACACUAUGAAAGCGAUUCUAUAUUUUUGAUACAUGUAACUGAAAUUGAAACAAGACAAGUAUAUACAUUCAAAUAUACAGUAUGUAAUCUACAGGAGUACAGUAAGAACUUCACUUGUUACAUUGACACAGGUAGAGAAAAUAAACUUCAUAAAGUACAUACACAAACGCCUGAUUAUGCUUUGGCGACGUCAGGAUUGAUAAUCUCCACCAUAACCUUGCUGAUUUUGUUAAUGCAAUUCCUAAUGAGAAGCUUUCAGAAAAGAUUGCAAAAGAUUGAAAAAGAUAUGAAUCGAAGAAAAUUCUUUUCUUCUAUUCAUAAGAUCGACGAUGAAUCUCCAAUGGAAGGAGAGAGAAAAGUAUAUGAACAAAUACCACUGAAUGGGAUAUAGCAUAAACGAUGCACUUGAAAUAAAUUUUUAAAUGAAAGGAUGAAAAUAUUUUACAUAUAUUGUGUCUUUAUUUCAGAUUUUAAUGCGUUUUUAAAGUAUUUUAUAUUUUCAGGAGAUAUACAGGCCUUUUUCGUAUAUUUUGCCAUUUCAGGAGAUUUUUAAGAGAUCCUGGUAAAUCAGGAGGCCGCGGAAAAUCAGUUAUAAGCUAUAAAAUUGUUUAAUUUAAUAAUUUACAACUAGGAUUAGCGUGUGGUCUAUGACAGUGUGGGGGCCCUAAGCGGUUGCAGUGGCCUAUGGCCGGCCCUGCAAAAUAGCGGCUUAUGCUAGUAUAUAUAUAUAUAUAUAUAUAUAUAUAAAGAUAGAUAGAUAGAUACAUACAUACAUACAUACAUAAGUACAUAGAUAGAUAGAUAGAUAGAUAGAUAGAUAGAUAGAUAGAUAGAUAGAUAGAUAGAUAGAUAGAUAGAUAGAUAGAUAGAUAGAUAGAUAGAUAGAUAGAUAGAUAGAUAGAUAGAUAGAUAGAUAGAUAGAUAGAUAGAUAGAUAGAUAGAUAGAUAGAUAGAUAGAAAGAUAGAUAGAUAGAAUGUUAUCUUAUAUAUUACAGACGUAACUUGAAAAAAGAAGAUAGUUACGUCCUAAGCAUAUUAUGUAUCCAUCUUGUCAAGCAUGUUAAUGGCAUGGACUGAAUUCAGUGGACAUAUUGGAGAUAUAAAACUUUAUAGUACAGUGAUUACUAUUUAUUAAUUUUUUAAAGUGUUUUUUGUCAAAUUUUAAUUAAAAAAUUGAACUUCAGUUUAAAAAAAAAAUGUCAAAGCUUAAAAAACGCUUUUCUGCUGUCAUACUUUGUCAACUUUGACUUAGAUAAGAUGCACCCGAACCAUAAGGCGAAUUAGGCGGCAAGCAGCCCUCAUAUAGAGCUGUCACUGGCAAUGUCCCACCAAGUGUCCACUCUUCUAAUCGUCAACACAGAUACGAAACGUUGAAGGAUAAAACCAAAUGAAAUAAAAAAAAAUCAUUGAAUUCAUUUUUAUUAGCGCCCCCGUAAGAGGAAAAAGCCGCUAUUAGGUAUCACUAAGUCAAAUAUAUUUAUAAAAUGUACAAGAAAUGUUUACAACAAAUAUAAAUACUAGUUAAUGGUGUUUUUUUAGUUAACUAGCUGCUAAAAUUAAAAGAAAACAUUUAUGUUUGUUUAUAAAGGCCAAUAAUGCACUUUGUAUGUAAAUAUCACGCUCAUUUUUUAAAAUGGACCUUUUACUCAGCGAUUUUCGUGCAGUAGCGUAACGUCGCAACAUGACACGGUGAUAAACCAAUUCCUUAAAAAUUUCUAAAUAUACAGUUGUUUUUUUUUAUUAGUACCCCAUCAUGAUUAAAGCCUCUUAUUAUUGUGCAUUUUGUCUGUCGGUAAGUCUGUCCGUCACGUUUAGAUUAAAAAAAACAACAACAACAACACAAAAAGCUAUUGAAAAUCUGAUUUAACCUUUAAUGUUCCUUUAGAAACAUCUCUAUAGUUUUAACUAUCUAUAAUACAUUGUUCCAGGUGGUUUUGUAAAAACAAAUCAAUGUCAACGAAUGUCUGUUUGCUCUUCUAAUUUAUAUUAUAUUUAAUUUCCAUGCUUAAAGGUUGCAAAACACUUGAUCAAUCGUAUGUUGUUCCAGUUUCUUGAUGUAAAUAGCAUAUAAAUGCUGAAUGAAAAUCUCCAUACGGGCUUACAUUUCAUUAACUGUAAAGUUGUUCCUGAAAUUGUUUAAAAAAAAUUAUGUGAAAUGAUUGUUUGAAAUUGCAUUAUUAACUUACAUUACACUUAUAUUCUUUGACAAUUAAUUACAAUAGUUUAAUUAUCAAUAUCAAAUCGUUCCGUAUUUUCAACUUAAUACAAAUGUAUGUCAAAUGCCUUUUUUUUAAAUAUCGACAAUAUGUUGUUCAGGAUUUUAAAAAAGAAAGUAAUUUACUAGAAACGAUUAUUUAAAAUCACUUUUAGUGGCCCCCGUAAGGGGAAAAGCCGCUAUUAGGUUUGUUAAACUUAUUAUUCAUUUAAUUUUCUUGCUGAAACAUACAAAAAGUUUUUAAUCGGUAAAGAAUGUUCCGGAUUUAGUUUUGAAAAAGAAAUCGACCUACAUAACAUUACAAAUCUUCGCCAAAAUUGUUCAGAACUGUAUUAGAAGAAUCCACUAACGUUAAAUAACUGUUUGAAAUCCCUCUUCUAACAAAUAAAAAAAUAAUCUUCUUCUCAUUUACAGACAUUGGUUAUUCCGGAUUUUGAAAAGCAUUUUAACUCUAUUUAUUUUAAAUCGCACUUCUAUUUUAUACUACAAUUAAUUUUCUUGCUUAAACGUUACAAAAUUUAAUUUUAUCUUAAUAGUAUGUUCCGUAUAUAUAUAAUUAUAUAUAUCUUAAGAGUUCUAAAUCAGAAGUUUAUGUAGAUCCACAUCCCUACAAAUCAAUGUUAAAAGAUUAUCUAAAAUCGUAAGGCUAUUAGUUUGUAACCAGUUUGUUAUUAAGUUAAGAGCAAUGUCUGGUCGUGCGGUUAGCGUUCUAAACUACUUAUUUCGACCGUCCCUGUUGUUUGUUUGUUUUACAUGUUUCGGUAAAUCCUUCAGAGUUAAAGAUAGUUUAUUUCCUAAUCCAAACCUCUCGCAGGACGACGGGGGAUGGGAACGGGCAGUGUUAGAACCAGGAACCAUCGAUAAAUCCGAACGACAGUCUAGUACACAAACAUCGCGACCAGACAGGUUUCAUACACUGCUCGCUGCCAUCCUCCGUCGUCCAGCGAGAAGUUAAUUUUUUCAACUUAGAAUAACAUCAGAAACAUGCAAAACAUUAAAAAAAAAACAUUUUUUUUUUUACAACGGCAAAUGAAUCUUUGAAACAUUAUUACUUUUGACUAUUAAAAUUAAAUCAUGUCGUGACUAUUCCUUGCGAAUAGGCAGAUCCGACAGGGAACCGACUCUUACGAAGGCCGCCUCUGAAUUUGUGUGAUUACGCAAACUCUCUUUGUAAACUUGUUAAAACUUCAAAAUGUAUUAAAAUCAAAACACAGGAUACAACUGUAGUAUCUAGUGUUAAAUAUUUAUUCUAUCCAAGUUGCAAGAAAGCAAGGUAAUUAAGUUAUAUACAUCCAAAAUAACAAGUUUGUUUGUAAGGGGGAGGGCAAUAUAAAUUGUACGCCACACACUUGUUCAUCAGACAAUAUAACUUUAGAUCAAUAUAACUCUACUAUUAUUACCGUUUUUU